AAAGUACCCAAAAAAAAUUAAAAUUGAAAAAAGAAAAAGAAAAAGAAAAAAAAUACAGAGACGACUUUCUUGCUGAAGUAGAACAUUCGAUCCAACAUAGAAAUUCUGCCAAAGUAGAACAAGUGUGAACACAAAGGUCUCUGAGAAAGAUGCAAAGAUUCUUUGUCUUCAUGCAGGAAACAAGUUAUGUUUGUUCAAAAUUGUGAAAUCUGUAUAGAGUAUAUAGUAUUGAGUUGAAUGGGGGGAAGAAAUUCAAGGGAUGGAAGUUGGCGUCAGUCUUCUCCGGUUCGGCCUUCUUCGUCUUCUACGGGUCCAUAUGAAUAUAAUCAACCAUCCUAUCCCCAAGAAAGCCAAAGUUAUGCUCCCCAGAUGGCUUAUCCUGCGUAUCCACCACAACAAUACCAUGCACCUCCUCAAAACUAUGGGGGUCGGCCCCAAGAACCACAGAGGAAGCUUGACCGGAGGUAUUCGAGGAUUGCUGAUAAUUACAAUUCCUUGGAGCAGGUGACUGAGGCUCUUGCCCGUGCUGGCCUUGAGUCUUCUAAUCUCAUUGUUGGUAUAGACUUCACAAAGAGCAAUGAGUGGACAGGUGCAAGGUCAUUCAACAGAAGAAGCUUACAUUACAUUGGAAGUGGUUUAAAUCCAUAUGAACAAGCCAUUUCUAUUAUUGGGAAAACCUUGGCAGCUUUUGAUGAGGAUAAUUUGAUUCCUUGUUAUGGAUUUGGAGAUGCAUCAACACAUGAUCAAGAUGUCUUCAGCUUUUAUCCAGAUGACAGGUUUUGUAAUGGAUUUGAGGAAGUGUUGAGUCAGUACCGGGAAAUAGUUCCUCAUCUACGUUUAGCAGGGCCGACAUCAUUUGGCCCAAUUAUUGAAAUGGCCAUGACAAUUGUUGAGAAGAGUGGUGGCCAGUACCAUGUUUUGUUAAUAAUUGCAGACGGACAGGUUACUAGAAGUGUUGAUACUGAGCAUGGUCAGUUGAGUCCACAGGAGAAGAAAACAGUCGAAGCAAUUGUAACAGCAAGCAAGUUACCCUUGUCCAUUAUAUUAGUUGGGGUUGGAGAUGGACCCUGGGACAUGAUGAGGGAGUUUGAUGACAACAUCCCUGCUCGGGCCUUCGAUAAUUUCCAAUUCGUCAAUUUCACAGAAAUUAUGUCAAAGAAUGUGGCCCAAUCCCGAAAGGAGACAGAAUUCGCUCUUGCAGCGUUGAUGGAAAUUCCUUCUCAAUAUAAGGCAACAAUAGAGCUCAAUGUAUUAGGUGGCCGGAAAGGGAAUGUUCCUGAGAGGGUUCCCCUCCCACCACCUGUAUAUAGUGCACCUUCGUUUAGCAGCUCGAAAUCUUCAUGUUCAUCUAAUUUCCAACAGAGCUCGGCUCCUUAUCAUGGCCACAGCAGUCCUGUUAGCACAGCUCCACCUGCUUCAAGUUCUACUUUCGAUAACCAGCUUUGUCCCAUUUGCCUCAGUAAUGCGAAGGACAUGGCCUUUGGUUGUGGGCAUCAGACAUGUUGGGAUUGUGGACAAGACCUUCAACUAUGCCCAAUUUGUCGGAAUCCAAUCCAAACCAAAAUAAAGCUCUACUAAGCAGCUCGUUGCCCUUGGGAUUUCUGUUAGCUACUGUCUGAAUUCUCCAUAAUCUGUUUCUUGAUGAAAAAUCAAGAAGCGUGGUUGAAUUCAGUUUUUGAUGUCUCUGACCUGUAUUGGAGAAAGGAGGAUUCAAGUCCUAAGGUUCUGUACAUUUCUGUGCUUGGUUUGUUCAUUUUCUAUUGUCGUCUUUGGGGCUGCUUGUGAAUAUGUCAAGUGGAAGUUUGAUUGGUUUGGUUGUCUACUUGUUCAAAGAUAAUACAACCUAUUAGCGAAGAAGUUCUUUAAUAGGUUUGUAGGGACUAAAACCAAACAAAGCUGGGGGGUUUGUUGAUGAGUUUGAUAUGGUGGUUAAGUUGUUUAUUUAUUUAUUUUUUUUUUUUUUUUGAGCUCAUUUGAUUGUGUUUUCUUGAAUGUACAUUCAAUCUUAGUUUAAUAAAUGUUGAUUGAAAUA